CGUCAGUCAAGUGAUGAACGCCGUAGGUAUCGGGCCACACCACAACGCGCUAAAUAAAUUAACACGAGAGUACUGCAAUAAUAAGCCCGUGAAUCAAACAGAAUGGGUCGCCGCAAAUCUAAAAGAAAGCCUCCACCAAAACGAAAAGCUAUAGAACCGCUGGAUCAACAGUUUAACUGUCCCUUUUGUAACCACGAAAAGUCCUGUGAAGUGAAAAUGGAUCGAGCAAGGAACACAGCCCGAAUACAGUGUCGAGUGUGCUUAGAAGACUUCCAGACCACAACAAAUGUUUUAUCAGAAGCCAUUGAUGUAUAUAAUGACUGGGUGGAUGCUUGUGAGAAUGCCAACUAACCUUAACUAUAUUUAUUUUAUAAGUACUCUAUGUAUCGUAAUAAAUCUUUAUUUUAAUUUAGAAAUAAGGUAAAAUUUCAAUAAUAAAUCUCAAAAUUUGA